UUUUUAAUUGGAUUUGUUCAUCAUUUUUUUUAUCUAUUUAAAUUAUUACACGGUUCAGAAUACAUUUUCUGGAUUUUAUUGACAUUAUAAUGUUCUUGCUGUUUUCUUUUAAUUUUGAAAGUUUUAAUUUAUCACUCAACGUUUGUAAAAGCAAAAACUCGAAAUAUUUUCCAGUAGUGCAGCCAAAAAAGCAUUUACGAAGACAUUUCUAAGAUAUCCCUGAAAAUGUCUUAAAAUUUCCCAGUCUCUAAGUCGACGCGGGUCUAAGAUAUCGGGUCAGAUAUCAGGUGAUGUCCGGUAAAACUGUCAUUUUUUCAAAAAAAUAAAAAAUUCCAAAAAAUUCUGUCUCUGGACUUUCAAAUUUUUCUCUUGGUCUCUAGGAUAUUUCUGUAGAUGUGUAGAAAAUUAUAAGUCGACGCGAGUCAAAGAUAUCUGGGUCUGUAUUGGAUAAAGUAUGGAAACCUUUAAGUUCUUUUAAAUUAUUAUAAGAAAAAUAUUUUUAAUCAAACAUCGUCACUGACUUUGAUAAUUUCAAAAAAAUAUAGAUUAUAUAAAAUUUUCAUCUCAAUCUGGGCCCGAUGUUAUGACUGUAGAUGACUUUGGAAUACCCUUCAUACUGAUCUGCCAGUUUUGUUGGCUAGUUUCAGCGACAUGACAUAAUCAGUAUCUAUUUGAGACACAGAUAUGGUUCAUUUGAAUGAAAUACUGGUUUGUUUAUAGUUAACAAAUCGGUAUUUGAUGGCGCCAUUAGCCGUCGUGAAAUUUUUUUUAACCAAGAUUUGUUAACUAUAAACAAAUACAUAUUUGAAUGAAAUAAAUGAUUUUGUUCAGUCAAAUAAAUCUAUAUACUUGGCUCAAAUAAAUUGUGCUAUCAGUGUACCCCCAAUAAACAGCAUUUUUUUUUAACAAAUUUUUAUCGUAUAAACAUUUUUCAGUCCAAAGUCGAUCGUAGAUGGGAUAAUAAUUUUGAUUUUUUUGUUGCUUUUUUAGCGUACUCAAGGUUAUUUUUCAAACCUUUGAGGAUGGUUUUACGGCUGAGGAUGCAAAAGCGACGAAAAUUUCAGACACAAAAGUGCAAUGGCGAAAUAUCGCGCUUAAUGUUGAAGCCGUUACCACCUCACCGGAGGCUACAAUGGCUGCCAUUAAAAAAGGGCUGACGCCAGGACUCGAACCCCUCAUCUUCCUCUAUGGCAGAAGCGGCUCCGGCAAAAGUGCCACUGUGAUGGGGCGUCCAGGGGCUCACUUCAGGGGCUUAGCCUAUGAAUGGUUCGCGCAAGAUGCCAACGUCGGUGUUCAGGUGAUGGAAUAUAAACUAUGUGGGUACCGUGACCUGGUGAUGGGCGGGAAGCACCAUCAACGUCCGAUUGAAAGUUUGGCGGUGGGGGAAUUGAAGGAUGUUCCCCACAUACUGUCAAAGGCAGCCAGGUCAAGGACACUGAUGAAUAGCCAGUCGUCACGCAGCUUCGUCUCUAUCACUUUGUUCGAUCAAUCAAACGAUAAUAGCCGUGUUACUAUUAUAGACAUGCCAGGGACUAGAAACAGAACGGCACUAGACGUAGACGGCUACUCAAAAGACGACAUAGACAGAUUACAAAUUGAUUCUCAAUUUAUUAUGAAAACAUUAAAUUCAUUUACCGACAUUAUUUCAAUACAAAAUAAUACUUCUGGUGGGAAUCACCUCUUCACGCCAUUAGUCAAUAGAAUAGACUCGACAGAAUUUAAUAACAUUUUUUUAAUUGCUUGUGCCGCUGGCCCCUUAAAUGAUGAAAACAGCAAGGAAAUCUUCCAUUUCCUUGCUAAAAUUAAAGGUUUACCGGAUGAUUAUGAGCUGGGAAGUUCUCGAACUCCCAUAGCUCCGGCUUCUAUGGCGAGAAAUACUCUCGCGACUCCCGCUCAGCGAAGCUUUCAGCGCUCACCUAUUGAUCAGCUACGAGCAGUAAAUGAAAAGCUGAAGGCGGAGCUGGACGCAGUUCAGAAGAACUAUGCUGAGGCAAAUGAACGGAUUGCAGAGUUAACUCGGCAGAAUACUGAGGUAACUCAACAGAAUGAUGAGCUAACUCAACGGAUGGCUGAGUUAUCUCUACAAAAUGUUAAUUUGUCUCAACAAGUUGCUGAGCUGAUCGAAACGAGGAAUGGACUUCAGCAGAUUAUUAUUGAGGUAAAUAAUGACCGGGCUGAAGUAAAACGUACAUUGGAUGAGCUGAGGCAACACAAUAUUGCAGUUGAACGAGAUCUUCAGGAGCGAAUAGCAAAUGAAAGAAAUCUUCAGUUGCAAAUUGACGAGCUGAAUCGGCGCUUCAAUGUACGCCGUUCCUCGAUUUCUGUGGUGGCGCGAAGAAUUUCUUCAAGUAGUGCGCAUAGUCAUUCUGACAGUCACGAACGAAACAGCGACGUACCGGACCGUAAUAAUGGGGCUAGCGAUGAACAAAAUCCUGACCAAGAAAACGACCCGAACGAACAAACUGACGCUGACGACGACAAUAACAGUGAACACGACGGGGGUAGUCAUAGUAGUACCGCGGCUGAAAAUCUAUCUGGAAGUGAUGGGGAUGAAGAAGACGAUGACGACAACGGCGACGCGCCCGCAGGUAACGUUUACGACGCCGGAAACGAUGAUCGGAGGGCCACUGAUGGGUCUGACAACAGUAAUGAUAACGAUGGUGGCGAUGCUGCCGGUGGUGAUGGUUAUCUGGAUAACCAUGAUUGGGAGGCAGAAUUUUCAGACCCAACAAAAACUGCAAUGGGAAUUGAAGGCUUGAUGGUACCUGCUUUCCGAGUGAAUAACAAGUACUAUCAAGUCUUCGAUAAGGCUGAAUUUUCUGCCCUCCAGUGGGAACGGAUAAUCGUCGCUACUGACACGGGGAGGCGUCGCUGCACGAUUUGCAAUAUAGACAUUUGGACUAGCAGAAUCAAAAAUCAUGUUUUUGAGAAGCAUAGUUCAGGUCGUCUAUAUUGUAAUAAAUGUCGUUUAUCAUUUUCUGGAGUCGUUAAUGUCGUAGACCAUCAGAAAAAAUGCAAGGGAGUUAUUUAUGAAUGCCAUCGUUGUAAUGAGAAAUUUAGUUCGAAACCUUCGGCCGCCAAACAUCGUAAGGAAUGUACGCCGGAACUCCCCGCCGACCCACGCCUUAAAUCCCGGCCUCGUAAACGUUACUAGAACCUUAGAUAAUACGCGUGUUAUUUAAGGUUCUUUAUUUCUAUUAUUAUUAUUAUUAUUAUUAUUAUUAUUAUUAUUAUUAUUAUUAUUAUUAUUAUUAUUAUUAUUAUUAUUAUUAUUAUUAUUAUUAUUAUUAUUGUUAUUAUUAUUAUUAAUAUUAUUAUUAUUAUUAUUAUCAUUAUUAUUAUUGUUAUUCUUAUUAUCUAUCCUAUAUUAUUCAGAGAAUAUAACUAUUAUAUAUAUAUAAUUAAGAGAGAAUUAGAAAAAUUUAAUCUAUGUCAUGUCUUCUGUGAUAAUAACAAUUAAAUAAUUUAAUUUGGUAUCAGUGAAAAAAAAAUACGUUAGACGACUAACAAAAAAAAAUAUCAAUGCCGACUUUUCUUUUGUUCCAUGACUGUCCAAUCAUCGAAAUCAAUAAGUUUUUGAAUUAAUGAUGAGAUUUGUCUUAUUAAAAUUUAAUGAUAAUAAAAAUUAACAAAAGAUUCUAGAGUUAAUUUUACAGAUCUAUUAAACAAUUAAACUCAAAUCAUAUUUAAUAAAUAUAUCAAUAAUACUUAGGCACUCAUGUAAAGACUG